AUGUCUACGUCAGUUGUACCAUUGCCGAGUAUUGCAGGAGUCCGCCUCAUCCGGUCAGCACUGUUGCCGAUCCCGGAAACGUUUUGGCAAAGUGAUGGUGGGAUUAAUGGAAUUGAAUGGAAUGGAAUUGGUGUUGUAAACAUUAACAAACGCCCGUGGACAAAUCCUCAUCAUCCUCACAGUUAUUUACAAAUUAUCAUCAAACGCUACGGAAAGGUCCGGUCUAUGGUCAAAAUUUACAAAAGCUAUUUAGUUUCCUCUAUAAUAUACACUAUAAAGUGA